AUGGCGAUCCUUCUUUUGAUCCUGAUUGGACCGUUGUCUCUGAUAAGUCCCAUUAUCUCACAAUCAGAAUCACUGGACACAUUGGUUCUGCACAAAAUCCCACCCCUUGACUGCCAAGACCUGUGGGACAAAGGUUUUCGGUCUGAUGGCGAGUACCUCAUUUACCCACAAGGCCCCCAGCACCCUCUGCCUGUAUACUGUGACAUGACCACCAAUGGGAUGCCCUGGACAGUAUUUCAGAAGAGGUUUGAUGGCUCCACUGACUUCAACCAAAACUGGCAGGACUACGUGAUGGGAUUUGGAAAUGCCGAUUACGAAUACUGGCUGGGGCUGCAGAACAUCCAGCGUCUGACCAUGACUGGCCGAUAUGAACUGAGGGUGGAACUGGAGAACUUUAAUGGCCAGAAAGUCUACGCCUUUUACUCCAACUUCAGCCUGUCACCCCAAGCGCUGAAUGCAGAGCAUGAUGGAUACAAACUGUAUGUCGAUGGAUUUACAGAUGGUGGUGCAGGAGACUCACUGAGUGUGCACGUAGGACAGAGGUUCUCCACUUACGACAACGACCAAAUAAACGACAUUCAGAACUGCGCGGAGUACUGGGGGGGCGGGUUCUGGUAUUAUUCCAAUGGCUGCGCCGAUGCUGGGCUCAACGCACGCUACAUCAACCCCAAUACUUUGAAGAGUCCACAACAUGGCUUCUCCUGGGUAACAUGGGUGGAAUACCCAGAGACCCUCAGGGCAAGUCAGAUGAUGAUGCGGAGGCUUUAGGCUUUGAAUUAGGGGUCUGGGCCUGUUUCUGUCUGUUUAAGGAGGAAAAUCAGUACUUGCUAUUAUACUGACCCAACGGUUAUUGAGCUGACCGUGUACUAAUAGCCUCUUCUAUGUUUUGUGCCUUAUUAAAAAGACAU